AUGACGCGCAACACUCGUUUUCCCCGGGAGCAGUGCAGCAAGGUGAGAUUAGACUAUUCAAUCGCUGUUUGCAAAACUAGACAAUCGGAUUGGACUUCGUCCAACUGGAGAAGUCCGAUCCUGGUGAUCGCAAAGUACGAGUUCGUGGACUACGUCAACAACAAGAAGAUGCCGAUGUGCCUCACUUCGGUGGAAGGCUUCUGGAACGCCUCUUUCUUCGUCGCCAGCAUCGUGGUAUUCUUCAUCGUGCCGCUCCUGAUCCUGGUGAUGCUCUACUCCGUUAUCGCCAAGAACCUAAUGGACAAUCCCGGCAUUAUAAUGUCCAACGCCAGCGGAAACCGGAACAAUGUGCUCAAAUAUCGAAAGCAGGCCAUCUUCAUGCUGGGCGCCGUCGUCGUGAGCUUUUUCUUCUGCUUGCUACCGUUCCGUGCCCUGACCCUCUGGAUCAUCAUCGUACCGAGCGAGAGUAUCGUUUCGAUUGGGAUGGAGCGGUUCUACAUUCUGGUGUACUUCUGCAGGAUUAUGCUCUACAUGAACUCGGCCAUCAACCCAAUAUUGUACAAUCUGAUGUCGUCAAAGUUCCGCAAUGGGUUCCUGCAGCUGCUGGGCUGUGGCAAGAUAAUCCGUUCGGAUAGUAUGUCUUCCGGUGCGAGAAAAGGUACGUUCCACACGGCAUCGACAAAUCUCAGCAGUUCGCACAACAGUUCCUGCCAGAGACGGCUGACCAGGGAGGGAAGCAGCGUGAGUGGAAGCAUCCGGGCGGUGACGGAGUACAACAGUAGCAGAAAGCGGUUGCUCUAUCAACGGCACAACAGUACGAUUUCAAUCAAAUCUUCCCAUGAUGAUCAGAGCGGUAGUGGCGGAGGGUCGGUACCCGGAGUCAGUUGCACACUGGAAACGACUCCGCUGAAAACGGACAAAAUUGACGAACUUGAAGAAACGACAAAUUCACUGCCAAAUGGUUACGGUUUCCAUAGAUUUAAGCACGCCACCACUGGUGGCGAUAGUAGUAAUGUUAGCUCUAGGACUAAUAGCUGUAACGGUAAGACUAGUCAUCGGGUGAAUGGAAGUGUUUCGGUAGAACCGAAAGUCGUUCCCCACACGGACAAUAAAUAUGUAAUUGUAAGAGCCGCGGUAGUAGUGAUGCGAGAGGUCCAGGAACAGCCCGGAGAGGGAGAGGAAAGCGGAAUGCCCAAAUCUUCGUCGUCGGUAGAGCCGGAUUCGACGGAAGAAAAAGUAACGCUGAUUCAGAAUACACGCGGAAGCGAACAAAUAGUGUCUAUCAUCACUGCCAAAGAGCGAACCAAUGGGAACUAUGUGAAUCAGGGACAAAGGGUCGAUGGGAACGGGGGAGAUGAGAGAGACAAGUCGGACCUGAAUGAUGAGGUAGCUUUUGAUGAUGAGAUUACUAAGAUAAGGCAGUUUUACGGCUCGAUGGAAUGUGAUAUCUAGGCAGAGCAGAGCGAAGCACGUUUUUUGAUAUUCGGGCUGUCUCUUGAAGGAUGGGAGGAGCUAAGUAGUAUUUAUAUGCGAGCCAUAACAGAAAAAGAAACUCCAUAGUAUUGUGACUACAUUCUAUUUACUGUGUAAGCUGGACGAAAAUCAGUUUCUGUAAUAAAAUUGUGUUUGACAU